AUGGCGUCGCACGAGGUUGCUGAUCCACCCGUUGCCGCGGCCGCUAUCGCCUUCCCCAACAGCGGGCAAAAGGGAUCAGAUUCCACAAUGCCAGCGUCUCACCAACUCUUCCCAUCCUCGCGCUUACCCCUCGCCAACGACCUACAAAGUGUGCCUCGCAACCCCGCUGUCCUUCCGCCGUUGCAUGUGAACGAGAGCCAGCGUCUACCGAGCAUCCAGAAAGGCCCCUCUCAACAACCUAGCCGCAUCCCUCUAUUACACCCCACGCCAAUCAACCACUACCACGGCUGCAGCCCCAGAUUCCACCGCCGUUCGAUCACCCCCAAGCGGCGGCUGCAGCACAUGAACGCCCUGGCACGACUCGAGUCCGGCAAGCACAUAUUGAAUCCUCCAAGCGAGAACAACAGCACCUACGGCGACGAUAGCAUGCGAAGGGACCACUUCCUGUCCAUCGGCAUCGGCAGGGCCUCAAGUGGGGAAACCAGAAUCAGCUGA